CAGUAGUUCCUCCAGUCUCAGCCGCCAACUCCGGAGGCGCCGCGCUCUGCCCGGGAGCGCCCGCGGGAGGAGCAGCGACCCGCAGCCGGGAGUCCCGGCACGGGCGAUGCUGGCGCCGCCGGCGGCACCUGCGGCUCCUCGUGGCGGCGGCGGUGGCCUCGGCGGCAGGAGCGCGGGCCCCAGCAGCCUCGGCAGCCACAGCCGUUGCGGCCCGGGCCGCCUCCGCCGCGGUCGCCGCCUCUGCUGCGCCUGCCCUCUCCCGGUUCCGCGGCUCCGGGAGGAUGUGGGUCCUCGGCAUCGCGGCAACUUUUUGCGGAUUGUUCUUGCUUCAAGGCUUUGCGCUGCAAAUCCAGUGUUACCAAUGUGAAGAAUUCCAGCUGAACAACGACUGCUCCUCCCCCGAGUUUAUAGUGAAUUGCACGGUGAACGUUCAAGACAUGUGUCAGAAAGAAGUGAUGGAGCAAAGUGCGGGGAUCAUGUACCGCAAGUCGUGUGCCUCGUCAGCAGCCUGCCUCAUUGCCUCCGCUGGGUACCAAUCCUUCUGCUCCCCUGGGAAACUGAACUCAGUGUGCAUCAGCUGCUGCAACACCCCACUUUGCAAUGGGCCCCGGCCCAAGAAACGGAGCAGCUCUGCCUUGGCCCUGCGGCCGGGGCUCCCCACCACCAUCCUGCUCCUGAAACUCGCCUUCCUCUUGGCUCACUGCUGAAGUUGGAGAUGCUCAUCCCUCCUGCAUUGUCCUUCAGGCCCUUGCUCCCCCUGUUCCCCAAGCUUCUCCUGAGUGUCCUUUAUUUGUGGGUUGGGGGGGAGCGUAUUCUCUUUAUUCUUUUGCAAAUCAAAGAGCUCGGUGUCAAACAGUUUUUGUAAGCUCUGAAUAAAUUCAGUCUGACUUUU